AUGUUUUCUGCUGGUAUCAUCGCACCUUUGGAGAGAACGCAACGCGAUGUCGAUCGUUCAUUCAAAGCGGCUGCUUCGGAGGACGACAUGAGUUCUAGCUGCCUUUACGAUCGGGAAAGAACGUCAAUAAUGGGAUUUAUCAUCGACACGGGUGCCAAGUUUUCGGUUGUGCCCAAGCGUCCCGGGCAGAGUAUGCAACACGCCGUCAUGAAACUGGUUGCUGGAAACAACACUGCAAUUAAUACUUUUGGUAUCUCUUUGGAUUUAGGCGUUGGUCGGACAUUCAGCUGGCUGUUAGUCAACUCCGUCGUAGCGCAUCCUAUAAUAGGUGCGGAUUUUUUAAAGCACUAUGACGUUUUAGUAGACUUAAGAAAUAAAGUAAUCAUAGACCGAGCAACGAGCAUGCGAGCACUAUGCCAAAUCAUUAAGCCACCGCAAAGUAUAAUUUCUUUGAGAGGAGGUAAUCCUUUUCAUACAAUCUUAGCGCGCUACUCCGACCUAACCAACGAUGGACCUAGGGCAGGUAGGACUGUGACGGCCGUUCAACAUCAUAUUGAGACACGAGGGGCACCUGUGGUCCAGAAGGUACGCCGCCUAUCACCUCAAAAGUUGGAGCUCGCGAAAAAAGCAUUCGGCUACCUGCUUGAUUGGGGUAUAUGUCAGCGCUCAGGUAGCCAAUGGACGCGUCCGUUGCAUAUGGUGCAGAAAUCCAACGGAACUUAG